AUGGAUCAGUACAAUUUUUCAUUUUCAGAAAGUUGGUUAGUUGGGAACGAUAUUGCGAAUGAUGUUCCUUGUGGGGAGAGCAGCUAUUACGUUGGCCGUGACUACAGAGCUAAAUUUACGACUGACCAGAUAUUUGAAAUUAGAGCUGCCAUGGUAGAUUGGGCGCGGAAAGUUGAUAAGGAAAAUAGUUUUGUGAUUGUCAUAAGUAAAUCUGCUAGUAUAAAGGGCAACAAGAUGCCAAAGUGCAUUCUUAUUUGUGAAAUGGGAGGAUUGUACAAACCGCCACAAGAAGGGCAUUUGAUGCAAAGGAAUACUGAAACUAAAAAAUGUGAUUGCCCGUUUAAGCUGCGAGGUGUACCACAACCUCCAGACGGUGUCAUGUGGAGUUUGAAGGUUGUUAAAGGUUUUCAUAACCAUGAACCAGCGGAAAGUUUUGAGGGACAUGAGUACCCGUCAAGAUUGACCCCAAUCCAGCAGCAAUUAGUUCGUGACAUGUCUAGUAGCACCACGCCUCGAGAAAUUCUUAAUUUCCUGAGACAACAAGACUCAUCAAUUAGUACAGGAACCAGGAGUAUUUACAAUGUGAAGGCACAGUAUAGGAAAGAGCAACUGGGGGGUGUAUCUCCUAUUGAGUACAUCUUGAAUGAAUUAAACGAGAAAAAUUACAUUUACGACUAUCUUACAAAUGAACAUACCAACGAAAUCACAGAUAUUCUUUGGGUUCAUCCUAGAAGCCUAGAGCUAUCUGUCAAAUUUUCGUCCGUGUUGAUUAUUGAUGCGACAUAUAAGAGUAAUGAGUAUCGAAUUCCACUCUUGGAAGUUGUGGGUAUCACAUUCACAAUAAAAACUUACUCUCUUAUGUUUACAUAUUUGAAUAAUGAGACAAAAGAGUGA